AUGGCUGUCGUACCACCUGGUGCAUUGGCGGAGGCUGCUGGCGCUCCCAGAUGUGAUGCUGCCACGGCGCGGUCCACGGACGCCGCCGAGGCCGCUGUACCCUUCGACGCUGAAUCAGUUGCGUUUUAUGACGACAACUUCACUAAGACGGAGGUCUGCGAUAUGUUAGUGCAGCGCGAUUGCGCGAUCCAGGCGUUGGAGGCCGAACUCAGGCUAGAGAAACGACGGAGACUGGCGGUAGAGAGCGACGUGGGGGUGGAGCGAAUUGCUAGGCACCGUGCGGAACUCCAGCUGGCUGGUAUCAGGAAAGAGGUGCAAUUCCGCACUGGGGCGUUCUCACGCGUAGGGGUGCAUGCUGGCUAUACGUUGGCACGCAAGCGACAUUCCGCCCAGUGCUCACAGAUUGGCACAUUGCAAAUGGUAGCUGCUGGUGAGUUGCAUGGGAACGUCGCCGACCCCAAGACGAUCGCGAGAUUCGAGCCCAUGGUCUCAGUGGCAAAGAGAGUACGGAACCAUAUGAUUUACUUCGCGGCUAAAGAGGGACGCACCAACGAUAUCUGCGAGGUGCAUUUGAUAUCAUCCGACGCUACUUCGCACGAGCUCGUCGACAACAGCAAGGCUAGACGUUGCAAUCAGGUCCAUAUGUCAAUCGUCAGCUCCAUUGUCGCAGCGCGCGCCAGCUUCAACCUCGAUGGGAACAUCGACGCGUGGUCGACGAAGAUGGCUGGCGAUUUGCAGAAGGUAUUGCGUGGUAGUGCUGAUGAGCAUCACGGGCUCCUCCUUCGCGACCUCGAAUCCACGAGGUGCCCAACGUGGCGCCAGCGGGUGGCCGAGUCUGCAGAUGCGCCAACGCGCAUGAACACCUGUUUUGGAGCCGAUGUUGGCGGUGAGAACAUUGCGAGCAUCAAGCGUGUGGUUGCCGAGGUCAAGGGCCACCGCAACGUUGCCGUGGGGCUUUUUACUUGCAUUUUUCAUGGCGUUCACUUGAUUUGUAAGGAUGUGCUACGAUACUUGGAGAGCGACUUGGACGAAGCCUUGCAACACAGCCAAAAGUAUGUGUCAGCCCUCGCUACGGUCUCCAACGUUUGGCGAUCUACGGGGAUUGCGAGCGCCAUUCGCCAGUGCGCUGACAACUCGGAUGAGAUCCCUUCGGUUAUCAAAGCUGCGUUCAAGCGAAAGCCUGGGAGGGUGUUGCGUGGACGAUGGGGGUCGGUCGAUGAUAUUGAAUCUUUGUUGAAGUGGGCGAUGCCACAUAUACAGCCAGUCUUCGAGGAGGUUUUCGAGAGAAAGAUCAAGGCAGCUGAGAAAGCAUUGGCGCGGAAGAAGAAGACUGACCCUGGCGAAGACGAGGGCGUUGCUUUCCAGACCGACCAGAAGAAUUACAGGAUUCUGGCUGCGCAGGCUGCGUCCUCUUCGAAGUUCAAAGCUAUCGUCGUUAUUUCCAGCAACGCCAAGCGAGUUUUGCAUCGACUACUGACAUGGGGGCAGAAAGCCGUGAAGGAGCAAAACCAGAGAACAACAGAUGCGAGUGCCAAGGGUGAAACAUAUUUGGGACCUACUGCCAUGUCGAGGCUCGUUUGCACAGAAGCCCAGUCGAUGUGGAAUUCUCUCAAUGAGCAGUUGUUGCCUUCUACUGAGCACGACGUCAAGGAGUGGGGGCUGGUGUUCGAGUUACUUCCUGAAGAAUUGCAUCUGAAGGCCCGGGAUCUGAUCAUGUCUUUACUUCUUUUGGUCGCGACGGCCUUCAGCGUCAGGAUACUGCGCAGAACGCGGAGCGUGCCGCUGAAGCUGUUGAAUCUCCUCGAGGGCGACCCUAGAGAGCCACGCGAUGUGCGGAAAGACAUUGCCUCGGAAUUGCUUGACCUUGAUGAUUGCUGCGUUGGGCGGCCCGACAGCGAUAUAGCGGUCAAGUACAAGCACUUCUACAGGUCCGACUUUGAACUCGUCCAAUCAACGGGAUGUGUACCAGUGGGGUUGUACGGGGCGCUGCUGUUCCUCAGGGCCAAAAUCCCACUUGACAAUCAAGAGCUCGAGGGGUUAGCGUCACUGCUACAGCACAUGUGCAGGUUGGCACCUCGGUCGAGCCAUACCCUCAUUAGCGAUCGUGUUGUCAUUAAGAAAGGUGACCCGAUUUCAGCCAGCGAGUGCGAGAGCUUGCAUGCGCUCGUGCAGGCCGAGUUUCAAUCGCGCGAUCACCACACUCGCUUCAUGCCAGUCGUUGACACGCCGCAGCCGCGCAAGUGUGCAGCGCCAGUCUGUGGUUACUGUCGACCCCUCGAGAACGUGCUGGCAGCGCCUUACGCUUGGUCUAUAUUCGAUCACUACUGGCAAGGUGCUGGGUUUGCUUGGUCGUUCGACGACCCGACAACAGACAGCAGGAAUUCUUUUGUCAUGACGUGGUCUUAUUACCGAAAUGUCUACGUCGCUCGGUGUACAACUACCCGCAUAGAUGGCGACGACACGCGGCGCUGUGUGACCUUGCAUCAGCCCUUUGCCAUCGACGCGCUGACGAACUUCAUAUCCGACGGCUGCGCCAUGUUCGCCAUCACUGCCGAGAGGCGGCCUCGUGCGGCCAUCAAGUUGUAUAGGGCACCCUGCGCAUGGCCUGUCCUGGGCACUGGUUACUACGAGGCCGCGUCGGAGCAGGGAAUCGAGAUCAGGCCGACCAGAGCGCAGCGACCGCCGCGCAGUCUGGCAACCGGCGAGGGAGGUGGGCACGCAGGCGCCGAUGGGGACGACGCUAGUGGUGACCUUGGUGACGCUGGCGCCGACGGGGGCUGCGAGGAUCUUACCUUCGAGGAUUUGGGGUCGAUGCUAGAGGCUUACAUUGACGAGGACGAGCUGGCACUCGGAGACGACGUUGCCACGAUCGCCGACCCCGAGGAGCAGCACUACGACUCUGAUGGCCAUGAGGUUGGAGAUCGUUCUGGAAGUGAUGACGAUGGCCAUUGUGAUUUCGGCGAUGGUGCAGCUAUGGGGCCACUAGGGCCUAAGCCGAUCUAUGAUAUCACCGACUUGGGCGCUGUCGAGCAGUGGCGCGAUAUUCUCGCACAGGCGCGUGAUGCCACGAGAAGCAGAAGAGAACUUCUCAGACAUGCAGAUGCGAAGGCAGCCUCUCAAGCCGAUGCCGAGCUGGUGAAUGGCAAUAUCUCGUUAGUUACCAAAGCCGAUACAACAUCUUUUGUGCAUUGGAGGAAUGGUGCCAUCUUCGGGGGGCGGGUGCUCACCAUCGACCAUCGUGGCCGCAUCGUGGCGUUGCAUUACGCCAAGGACAAGCCUGCUUUCUUUCCCGCGGCUGAGGGCUGGAGCUACCCAAUUAAGGACGCCGGGCAGGUGUGCUCAAAGGGGAAGCCUGGCGAACGGCUGGACAUGCCGCAGUGGUGCUUGCAGAAGCAGCGUCGGCUGCGCCUCCAGCAUUUUUCUGGGCCACAGGACCCAGCGUCGUACGAACAGUGCAUCAUCUGCAGUGCCGCGGUUGCGGUCGGCCUGCCAGAGCACUCCGAGAUGCUGCGGAAAGGGGGCGGCGCAGCGGAGGUCGACCAGGCACUCGCCGAGCUCGGCAUCGAUGUGCAGGCUUCCACCCCCCGAAGCACUGAUCGGACAAUCGCUGACAAGUACGGGCCCAACAAGAGCGACAAGGAGUACGCCAGCCUCAUCGACCAGGACUCCUGCAUCGACGCAGACUACCACUUGCAGCAUUUGGAUUCGAGUGGACGCUUUCGCGUCCAUCGAAAUUGCUUCAACGACAGGGGCGAGAUCGGAUCGCUCAUCGAUCGCCAAAAGUCGGUGGAGAGCGUCGGGGUCUUGGAUACAAAGUCGGCUUGGCUCAUGCAAGACGAAGACGCCAACAAUAGUGAUAGGCUCAGUGCAAUUCCUAGCGCGACGCUCCUGGGCGGGCUGAAGCGCGCGCGGCUUACCGACAAGGGUCGGAAAACCCGCUCCGUCCAGCUGAGCAUCCAAGAGGGCAUGCGCCACUGCAAGCUCUACCGCAGGGGCAUCUACCAACGCCCCGAGUGCUUGGUCUUCCUGAGAGAGCUCGGAAACAAGACCAAUGCGGCGUUCAACAAGAAAGCUCAGGCAUCGAGCUGGACGUACUCUGGUCUCGGGCAGAAGGCGCGGAGGGAGAAACGUUGGGAAAUCGCCAAUGCCACGCCGAACAACUAUCGUGAUUGCCAAUACUUCUACAAUGCUGCCACGACGACCUAUCACGACGAGGAUGCCGUGCACCCCUACCUUCCUGGAGUUCGGCACGAGUUUGCUGGCAAGUCUAUCUGGGAGGAGCUCGACUACAAGAUCCAGAACGAGGUCGACUUCACCCGCAUGCCGCUUGGCCACAUUCACACCGUCUUCAACCUUGCAGCUACGGCGAUGCGGAUCUUCAAGCAGAAGCCGACGCUGAUCGUCGACAUCGUUCUCCUUAUGCUCCCGAAGGCGAAGCGCUACGAGGGUGACAGCACUGCUUGGGGCAAAUGCAAGCUCGCCCCUGAUGGCCUUCCACUACUGGUAGGGGUCAAUGAGGCCAGCUUGAAGGGCUUGUUGGAUGAGAUCGGCACAGACUCGAAGCUGUGCGACGCCCAGAAGUUGGCAGCGAAAAAGGCAGCGAUCAAGCAGCGGAUGCAUAUUGCCACGAAGCGCAAGGCAGCGGAGGCACAUGCGGUUGCAGGGCGAGACGUAGGUGUCGACGCCGACGUCGACGCCACAGGCACAUUCGCCGAUGACAUGUGCGCCACCUUCGCGUACCUCGCGAAGGUCGACGAGAGUGGAAGGCAGUCGGCCAAGAUCGAAGCAUUCUGGAAGAUCACGCUGUAUGCGGCAGCAACUGAUGUGGCGCGCCUGAAGCUCGGGUCGAAGGAUGUGCUGACGGAGGACGCAAAGCUCACUGCGAGACCGAGCGAUUGCGAUGAGGACUUCGUCGUGGCCGCAUCUGCCGACGACGACGACGGCGACAUCGACGCGACCAUGUCGGUUGCCCAGCUGCAACAGAAGAUCGGCGAGCUGAGCAAGCCUGCGGCGACGCUGCUCGGCAUCCUCCAGCAAUCUAACCCUCGCGCCGUCCCCGUCGCGGCCAAUAUAUUGUCUGGCGGUGUGAUGAACUCCGCUAUGAUGGCGCUGCUCCAGCACGUCGUGACGAUCGGAGGUGCGUUCGAUACCGAGGACAACGCGUGCGCUUUCCUCGUCAAGGUUCUGACCGAGGCUGUCUCGGAGAAACUCCCGAGACCCUUCGACGACGUGGCCGAGCUCAUCCAGGCGACGGUGAAUAGCGACAACAUGCCGCUUCUCUCUGGCACGCCCUUCGAAGACAUCAUGAAGCUCAACAUAGACCAGAACUCCAUACUGAUGACCGACAACAUCAUCGCUCUCACCGACUUGACGAACGAGGCCGUUCGGAAUGCGACUGGUGGCCACGUCUUUGUUUUGAACGGGAUCCAGAGGGCGACAGGCAUGAGCUUCCCUGCUUUCUGGCAGCGAGUCUACCAGAAGUGUCUGGAGUUCAACGCGCACUGCAAGACUCACGAUGGCAUCGGCUUUCAGCAGAGCAAGGACAAGCUCUAUGAGGUGUUGAUGUCGAAGUCUCACGCGAAGUUUCUGUGCACCAUCAAGGAGCACGGUAUCCAGAUGCCGCCAGGCUGGAAGAUCAGUGGCAACAUCGACGCGUUCCCUACGCAGCGCCAGAAGGCGGUGGCCGACGUCGUCGAACAGUUCGCGAAGCAAAACCCGUUGUCCCUUGAUGCGUGCGCUAAGCUAGCAGACCCUCUCGGCUCGGUUGUGGCUGGUAUGAAAGGUCAACACCUGCCGCAGGCCGCGGAGCGGCAGGGGCAGGACGUGCAGAUGGUUUCGACUGGCGAUCUUCCUGGCGGCGAGAUCAAAUGGCGCAAAGAGAUCUCGGCGCAGGAGAAGGCAGAAUCCGCAUCGCCGAUCGGCAAGCAGAACAUCGUGAAGCGCUACCUGAUGAGCACCAUCCAAACCCUUCUCAUGAAGAGAGCCGCCAUCGACUACGAUGCGGACAACGUGGACCCAUCGAAUCUCCUCAUCACGCGCGAUUUCGAGGUGGACCCAGAGAACCCGAAGAUCACGUUGCAGCGCGCGGCGGGCGCUGGAACUUGUAAGCUCACUUUCUUCGGGCGCGUGGUGGAAGAGGCAGCCGCGCAGCUUCUCGGCAAGGCCACCGCCGUGCAGAUCGUCGCGGAGACUGAAGGUGACGAGAGUUUCGACAUCGACGGCAAGCUCUACAUCGACAGCGGCAGGUCGGACUGCUGCGUGGCGUUCCUCAUACCGCCCCUGCCUCCCUCAAAGAGCUCAGUUUCGGAAUGCGGGGAGCCGUCGAAGGUGCAGGAGAAACAGAAAAAUGGUAAACAGCCUUUGGUCGCCACCCACCGCAUCGAGUACCGCACCGAGGAACUGGAGGACCCCUUCGGUUGCGUGCACGUCUUCAAGAUGCCCUACUUGGCGGACAUCCCCGAGGAGGUGGCGAUCAAGCAGUCCGAGUUGGGCGCGCUCUAUAGGGAGCGCGCGCCAUUCGACGAUCACAAACCAGAGAGGACGAGUGCCAAGAGCACCAGCUCUUUUUUCACGCGUUGA